UUUUGUCCUUUUACUUGUGAAUUAAUUGUAUCAUAAGUUUAGAACUUUGUUACAAUAAUUCAACACCAAAAAUAUCUAAAUCACAUCGAAUAGUUAAAUUCAAAAUAGACUACACAGAAGUGGGCUAGUGGGGUCAAAAUUUCCAAACGAAUUCACACAAAAACUCACCACCAACAAUAAUCGAACUGACAAAAGCACGCGCAAACGCUGUUGGUUAAUCGCAUAAUAUCGCAAUCAUGGCGCCGAGUUUUGAUCAUCUCCCAGAUCCCGAGGAGGACGAGUAUGAUGAGGAGGAGCUCGACAUUUCUGAUUUAAGAGAACGUUUCGAGGUUCAACUUGAACAAGGACUCGAUGCUUUUGUUGUUAUUGAUGGCCUUCCAGAAGUUAACGACGAUACCAAGCCGAAGCUGAUUAAGUUUUUAUUGAGAAAAUUGGACUCUGUUGGUCAAACAAAAAAGGACUCAAUACACAUGCCCGUCGGUCCAGAUGGCAAAUCGUUCAAGUAAGCUUGAGACGUUCUUUGCCCCGCCUCGAUUUGUAUAUUGAUAAGAAUAGAUUUGCUUUCGUCGAAUACUCUUCCCCUGCUGAAGCUAUCGCUGCAUGCAAAGCCCUCGACGGCGUACCCCUCGACAAGAAACACACUCUCCGAGUCAACAAAUUGACAGAUAUUGAUCGCUAUGGUCGUGAAGGGCGUAUCGACGAAAACUACACCCCUCCAAAAAUUGAAGAGUUCACCGAGAAGGAGCAUUUGAGAUCAUGGCUCGCAGAUCCAGCUGGACGUGGACGUGAUCAAUUUGUCAUGUAUAAGGAUGAUCGAGUACAAGUUUUCUGGAACAACGAGAAGGAUGCACCAGAGAGCAUCGUCGAUCGCCAACACUGGACCGAGUCGUUCGUACAAUGGUCACCACAAGGUACUUUCUUGACUUCGAUGCAUCAGCAAGGUGUGCAACUUUGGGGCGGGCCAUCUUGGACUAGACAAAAGCGUUUCGCGCAUCCCUUUGUCAACCUAGUCGACUUUUCGCCAGGAGAGAAAUACCUCACAACAUGGUCAAAUCGACCAAUUAGCAUUGGCGAGGAAGGACACCCAGCUCUAUCGGUUGAUGAUGAUGGGAAGAACUAUGUUAUUUGGGAUAUCGAGACAGGCUUGCCAUUGCGUUCAUUCGCUAACCUUGAUUUGCCAAGCAAUAGCGUUGAUGCAGAAGGUAACCCUGUGAAGAGAAAGAUUCAAUGGCCAGCUUUCAAGUGGUCAUCAGAUGACAAAUACGUUGCUCGUUUGACUCAAGGCUCAUCUAUCUCUGUCUAUGAAUUACCUAGAAUGAACCUUUUGGACAAAACCUCCAUCAAAAUUGACGGUGUGAUGGACUUCGACUGGGCGCCAGCAACUCCCCACCGUGAUGGUGUCAAGAACUAUGAGCAGCUUUUCUGUUAUUGGACCCCUGAAAUUGGCAGCAAUCCAGCAAAGGUUGGAUUAAUGAGCAUUCCAUCUAAAGAAGUCGUCCGAACUUUGAACCUUUUCAGUGUGACGGACGCCAAGCUUCACUGGCAAUCAGAUGCCUCAUAUUUGUGUGUGAAGGUUGACAGACAUUCAAAGUCGAAGAAGUCUUUGGCAACCAGUUUGGAGAUCUUCCGUGUUAAAGAAAAGGGGGUACCAGUUGAGGUUGUCGAUUCAAUCAAAGACACCGUCAUCAACUUCGCCUGGGAGCCAAAGGGUGACCGUUUUGUUAUCAUUACAACCGCAGAAGUCGUUGCAGCCACAGCCGUUCCACCUAAGACAUCCGUUUCCUUCUUUUGCCCAGAAAAGGUCAAGGGCAAUGGCGUCGGUAACUUCAAGCACAUCCGCACAUAUGACAAAAAGAACAGCAAUGCCAUCUACUGGUCUCCAAAGGGUAGAUUUGUCAUUGUAGCUACAGUUCACUCUCAACAAAGUUUCGACAUGGAGUUUUAUGAUAUGGACUUUGAGGGCGAGAAACCCGAAAGUGACAAGGACCUGACAGCCAAUUUACAACUCAUGAACACUGCAGAUCAUUAUGGAGUAACAGAUAUCGAUUGGGAUCCCACAGGACGGUUCGUUGCUACAAGUGCCAGUAUCUGGAAGCACACCGUAAGUAUAGUUAAUAUUGCUAUUUUUUCAGCAUGCUAACUAUGAAACAGAUGGAGAACGGUUACCAUUUGUAUGACUUUAAGGGCGAGCAGCUUCGUGAAGAACCAGUCGAGAAAUUUAAGCAAUGGUUAUGGCGCCCUCGACCACCUACUCUACUCAGUAAAGAAGAACAAAAGCAAAUCCGCAAGAAUCUCCGUGAAUACAGCAAGGUAUUCGACCAAGAAGAUGCCGAUCGUGGCGCAUCCGCCGAUCUUGCCGUUGUCGAACACAGACGUAGACUCUUGGACGAGUGGCUUGCAUGGAGGGCUAAUAUCGAAGAGGAUGUUCAGGCCGAGAGAGAAGAUGCAGGCCUUCCCCAGGAUCCUCUGGAGCCUCUCAAAUCUAAAAUGGCGAGUGGUGAUGAAGGACAAGCCAUUGAGAUUGAGGAGAUUGUUGAAGAAAUUGUCGAGGAGACUGAGGAGAUUAUAUCAUGAGAAAUCUAGUUCUCUCAAUAGUCUGAAUAUUUCUUUUUUUUUCUGUCCUUUACGAUUAUGUAGGGGUUGGAGUUGCAAAAAGCUAUGGCAUUGAUUUCGAGGCUGAUGGAUUCUUUUCUAUCUAUUCUGAGGUAAUGGCAUAUGCAUAGAUCUUAGUGAAAAGCUCGGUAGUGAAUGGAUUGUUAAAAAAUAUAUCGUCGUGCCACCUCAAGUUCUUAUG